AUUGAACAAGUCCUUUCUUUUGCUCCUCCUGCUUACUUUCUUUGGUUUCCUCUCUCUCUCUCUCUCUCUCUUUCUCUCUCUCUGUGACUAGUUUGUUUGUGUGGGUUGGGGAGGGAUUUUCUGGGAAAAUCGGUGGGUAGAAUCUUCUGCGCCGCCAAACACUCCCUUCCCUCCCCCUCAACGCUUCAACUAAACUCAACUCAAAUGUCAUGGGAAGAACCUCCUCACUCUGCAACCUCUUCUCUUGCUUCGCACCACCCACCACCAACGACCACCACCAACAACCACCCGAGCUCGCAUUCCAAGAAACCGAACCACUAGACGAAACCCUAGGUCACUCAUUCUGCUACGUCAGAUCCUCAAAUCGCUUCGUCUCUUCUCCCACUCACUCACCCUCUCAUUCCGAUCGCUUCCUCUCUUCCCCUUCCGCCUCCCUCCGCUUCUCCCCAACCCACACCGAACCCGUAUUCAAGUCCAUUUCCGGUGCCUCCGUUAGCGCCAACAGCUCCGCUCCCAAAACCGUUCUCCAAUUUGACGCUGAUGCCGCAGCUGGUUUCCCUCCCAGGGGCAGUAUCGUAAAUGGAUUCGAAGCCACGUCGUCGUUUAGCGCACUCCCGCUUCAGCCAGCUCCCAGAGGCAAUGGUGAGCCUUCUGGAAGGGCUUUCUUCCUCUCCGGUCCAAUCGAGAGCGGAGCUAUGUCCGGUCCACUUGACGCCGGCGCCGCCGCGGAAGGGGGAGGACCCGCCUCCGGCGCCGGUGUUCCUUUUUCGGCGCCGCUGGGCGGGUUGUACGCCAAGAAGAAGCGGAAGAAGGGGAUCCCCGGGCUUAGGAAGGCGUUCCACCGGAGAAGCCUCUCGGAGAUGAAGCGGCCUUGGGUGGUGCCCGUGCUGAACUUCGUCGGGAGGAAGGAAGAUCCGCCGGAGACUGAAGGAGGGAGCGGGGCUGCAGCGGCGGAGGUGGGGAAGGGCGAGAGCAAUGUGCAGUGGGCGCUGGGGAAGGCAGGGGAGGAUCGCGUGCACGUGGUGGUGUCGGAGGAGCAGGGUUGGUUGUUCGUGGGGAUCUACGACGGCUUCAACGGCCCCGACGCGCCGGAGUUCUUAAUGGGUCACCUCUACCGUGCUGUUCACAGUGAGCUUCAGGGGUUGUUUUGGGAAGUCGAAGAAGAAGAAAAAGCAGUGGAAACUAACCCCUCGAGUGAACCUGCAUCUGCACCUGCAGCUGAAUCGUCAAUGGCUGCUGAAGAAGAUUUCAAGGACGAUGGAGGGUCAGCAAAGAGAGUGACAUUUCAGGUGGAGGGAACGGAGAGCAGGCGGCGCAGGCUGUGGGAGCUUCUUGCGGAGGAUGCUGCUGAAGAUGGGCUUGAUCUUUCGGGUUCGGACAGGUUUGCAUUUUCUGUUGAUGAUGCACUCAGCGUGAGCAAGGAGGGCUCAUCAGGUAGUAGAAGGUGGAUGGUGUUGUCAAAAUUGAAGCAUGGAUUGUCAAAGCACAAGGAGGGCCGUGGGGGGAAGUUGUUACCUUGGAACUUGGCUACGGAAGAUAAGGAGAAGGUUGAGGUGGAAACCCGGGCAGAAGAGAAAUCUCAUGGUGGGGAUGGCACUGGCAAUGGCAAUGGUGGUGGUAGAAGACGGAAAGUGGGUCCAGUGGAUCAUGAUCUGGUUUUGAGGGCAUUGUCUCGGGCACUUGAGAUGACAGAACUUGCAUAUUUGGAUAUGACGGAUAAGGUUAUCGAUACAAAUCCGGAGCUUGCUCUAAUGGGGUCUUGCCUUCUAGUUGCUUUGAUGAGGGGCGAGGAUGUGUAUGUGAUGAACGUGGGUGAUAGCAGGGCCAUUGUUGCUCAGUAUGAGCCCAUAGAAGUUGGUUGUAGCAAAGAAUCCGGAAGUCAUGGGGAUGUUGGGUCAGGUGCAGAGAGCAUUACAGAGGAGUCUUCAUUAGGCCAAGGUGAACGUGCCAUCAGGUCGGGGAAGGAGGGUCCUGCUCAGGAAAUGAGGUUGGUGGCAUUGCAAUUGUCCACUGACCACAGCACGAGUGUUGAAGAGGAAAUCAUUAGGAUCAAGAAUGAACAUCCUGAUGAUAGCCACUGUAUUGUAAAUGAUAGAGUGAAAGGCCGUCUUAAGGUCACCAGAGCAUUCGGGGCAGGAUUUUUGAAACAGCCAAAAUUCAAUGAUGCAGUACUAGAAAUGUUUCGAAAUGAAUAUAUUGGAACUGCUCCAUAUGUAUCCUGCUGCCCUUCAUUACGUCAUCAUAGAUUAUGCCCUAGAGAUCAGUUCUUGAUCCUCUCAUCUGAUGGGUUAUAUCAAUAUCUAAGCAAUCAAGAAGUGGUUUCUCAAGUGGAGAGCUUCAUGGAAAAGUUUCCUGAUGGAGAUCCUGCCCAACAUUUGAUUGAGGAGCUGCUUGUCCGUGCAGCCAAAAAGGCUGGAAUGGAUUUUCAUGAGUUGCUGGAUAUCCCUCAAGGAGAUCGGAGGAAGUACCAUGAUGAUGUUACUGUUAUGGUGAUAUCACUCGAAGGAAGAAUCUGGAAGUCAUCAGGGAAGUACCCGUGAGGCCUUGCUCAAAUUGCUGUUGGCUGUACAUAUGUGAUUGGAGAGCAUAUCACCCAAGGGUGCGAAAGUGUCAGCAAUGAAGCUUCACAACUGAUCCACCUUUCGUGGGUCUUCGGUGUUCAUAUGGAUGUUACUCCAUAUAGAGUUACAGACUGAGGAAUUUCACUUAUCAAUGGCAAGAGGUUAGUCAGCACCCAAAAAGAAAGAAUGGUCAAGAAUUGGGAGAUGCAAAUGCAAAUUGGUAAAAGCUCAAGAACAGGCAUA